AUGGAUGCUGCCACAGUUCUAGAGCAGUACACCCAGGAUCUGUCCAAUCUUCCUUCAGAACUGGCUCAUCUUCUGGAGGAGCUCAGGGACAAAGAUAUGACGCUGUAUCAGAUUCGGAAAAGGACACAGGGAAAGGACAACCAAUUACAUAAAUACAUCAAACAACAUGGCUCACUAGUCAAACAUCCUAAAGAACAACAGUUGUACAGCAAGAUAAAUGAAGACUUCACAAAGGCCAAAGCUUUACAGGAAGAGAAGAUAUUGCUGUCCAACACAGCUCUUCUUUUGAUCAGUAAACAUUUGGUCAGAUUGGAAAGUGAUAUUGAGAAAUUGGAGAGUGAAGGGUUACUAGCCCCAGAUGAUAUGAUUGAAGAGGACAAGAACAUGUCGGAUGGGAUGAGUAGUUUAACUCCUGUUCCUCCGAGCCAAAGCAGCACACCUGGAGUUGUACCCAAAAAGAGACAGAGAAAUGGUGUUAGUAGAACGCAAUCAAGGUUUGAAUCUCCCCCGUUAUCAUCAUCAGCACCAACAAGAACACAUAGAAAGAAGAACGCAAGUGAAUUGAACCAAACAGGAGAAGAAGAUGAGUUGUAUUGUUUCUGCCAACAAGUAUCUUUUGGUGAUAUGAUUGCGUGUGACAAUCCAGAUUGUAAAUACGAGUGGUUUCACUACGAUUGUGUCGGUCUCACUGCACAACCUCCCUCUGGAAUUUGGUACUGUCCAGAUUGUAAGAACGAUCAAAGUGUAAGAAAGAGAGACAGGAAGAAGAAGAAGGUGGAGACGUAA